AUGCUAGUACCCAAGGUUAGAAUACCCUGUCAGCACAUCAGUGAAACGAAGCCACAAUAUUGGGACUUCCAGAAACUGAGGGCAAAACAUGCCCCACCAGAGAGGAAGCUGUCGCUGUGCAACAAUAUUGGGGCUGGUUAUCAACACAUUCUAGAAGUCCGUGACGUGGUGCAUUGUGUUACUUCAUAUUAUCGUAGUGGAAUAGUUUUUACCGCGACCAGCCACGGAGCUGAUCCGUCGCACAUAGAUGAGCCAAACUUAGCAACAUUGCUCCGGGAACCUCGUCGCCAAAAAUUUUCGGCUAUCGGUCAGUUCUACCAUCCACAUUACAGGAUGAAUGCCACAGCGCGACCCGAGGGAGCGGUGAAAGAGAGGAGCAGGGUGCUGCGCCUCACUUCGAUCAGUCCUCAUCGCGGCAUUAGCGCACGGGGAUCUUCCAAUGGAAAGUGCGGUAAGAUCCGCCCGAUGUGGCUCAACCAAACAUGUGGCGCUAAGGUCGGGUCGGGAACUCCGUCCUCACCGACUUAG